GACAUGCAUGUUUUAUACGAAUCUGACGCGAAUCAUUUGGACUCAGUUUCAAGCAAGAUUUCAAUUGGUAGACAGCUCAGAACACCAUGGCUGAGGCGUCGGGUGUGGCAACUACAGAUACACAGUACUUCUGCCACAUCUGCAACAAGGACAUCACCCCAGUGGUGCCGGAGUACACCUGUCCCGACUGCCAGGGCGGCUUCAUAGAGCAGCGAGACACGGAGGAUGGCGGCUCGGCGGCGGCGGCCGACGACCCGGAGGAUGAGCUGCCGCCGCUGAACGACCCGGCCAUGCACGCCUUCUCACAGCUGCUGAAUAUCGUUCCGCUGUCGUUCAACUCACCUCUGGUGAUCGGAGGGAGGAACACGGGCCGGGGAGCCCCCGGAGGAGCGGCGAACGGCAGCCAGCAGCAGCAGCUGCCCCAGGCCGGCGGCUUUGUGGAGCUGCUCGACAAUCUGUUCGCCAACUUCCACAACGUGCGAGUCAAUGUGGACACGGGCGGCCAGGUGCCCAUCCACUUCCGACUGCACGGCAACCCUGGCGACUACGCCUGGGGCAACGCCGAGCUGGACAGGAUCGUGACGCAGCUAUUGAACCAGCUGGACUCGAGCGGGCCGCCGCCGCUGGGCCAGGCGCUCAUCCAGAGGCUGCCCACCGUCACCAUUACCCAGGCCAGUGUCGACGCCAACCUGCAGUGCAUGGUGUGCUUUGAGGACUACAAGCUCGACGAGAAGGUGCGGGAGCUGCCCUGUUCACAUCUCUACCACAGCAUCUGCAUAGUGCCCUGGCUAGAACUGCACGGCACGUGUCCUGUGUGUCGCAGCAACGUGGACCCAUCGGCGGCACCUCAGAAACCGCCGCCGGCCGCCCGGCCGCCCGAGCCGGGGCCGUCCAGUCGACCAGAUCAGCCGUGAGACCGCGCUAAUAUGAAGCCAUGCAGAGAGAGAGUCGUCAAUGACUGGUCGCGCCUGUGAUACCGCGCCGCCGCCGCCGCCGCCGCCGCCUUCCCCGUUCAUCCAGCCCCUCUGGAGGUCAGGUGGAGUCCCUCUGGAGGUCGGGGGAGUCCCUCUGGAGGUCAGGUGGAGUCCCUCUGGAGGUCGGGGGAGUCCCUCUGGAGGUCGGGUGGAGUCCCUCUGGAGGACGGGUGGAGCCCUCUGGAGGUCGGGGGAGUCCCUCUGGAGGACGGGUGGAGCCCUCUGGAGGUCGGGGGAGCCCCUCUGGAGGUCGAGCGGGGUCGGGGUGGCGGUCAGAGGCAGCUGGCAGCACCAGCCUCCCCCGGCAGGGCGGCGCGGCCGGGGCCUUAACGCUUGCUGUGUGCGUGUGUGUGCGUAUCUAAGAGUAUGUAGCAUGAGUGUGUGUGUGCGUUUGCGGUGUAUUAAAAGUCCUGGAUAGUACCGAUGUUCAGUACGGUUGGCUUCCCUGUUGAAGAACAUUCUGGUCUUGCAAUCAGCAGCAGUGAAAAUGAUUCGGACCUUGACGAACGAGUGCAGCGACUCGCGCCUGGAUUCAGGGACUAUCCAGCUGCUCUGCGGCGGCGGUGUUCGUCUCUGUCGAGCUCGCAGCUCAGUCCAGCCCGGAGGACAGUUCAGGGAACUGGGGUGGCACGCAGGGAGGGCAGGGCGCCCGGGGGUUGUCCUGGAUGUGUGUCUGAACUGAGCGCGGCACUUUUAACGGCGACCGCUCGGUUCGGCUGGCGUCGCGGAGUGGAGAUAUAAUCAAUCAGUAUGUGAUGCAGCAGUUCACCGCCACGCUAUUCGGCUAUUCGCUGCUUAGUCGCGCCAUAGUCGCCCGGUGUCUGAUUUGUAUUAUGCGAUGCAGAAAGUCUGUUUCUUGCGGUGAUUUUGUUCAGUGCUGCUUUAUUUACAUGUUAAUGGUGAUAUACUUGGUGAGUUUGAUCGCCAAAAUUGGCCGCUGCAGCGCUGGGUCGUGUCAUGGAAACAAGUUAUCUUACCGACAAUGGUGCCCGAAUAAAUAAAUCGGUGUUAGACGAGAGGAAUCAACAUAGAUGAGAUAUCGGUGUCUCACAAGUCACAAGGUUCAGUGGCGACGCAGAGUGGCAAAUAAAACGACUUUGGGAGCGAUCGAACCAGUCGGCAUUUUACUAUGAUGACCGUGCUAGACGAGUGCCGAACGACAUUGAGUGCCACCCGAGUGUCAUUGACUAUCGCUGAGUGCCGGAUGAGUGUCGUUGACCACCUGGUGAGCGGGUCAGGGUGUUGUACCCGGCAUACCGACUGUAGUACGCGGUUCCUAUUGUGGCUCGGCGGGGCUGCCACCCCUCCCGUUUGCAGUGUACGCCACGCCCUGGGUUUGGCCGACAGUGAAAGACGGCCUUCGUAGUAACUAAUAACCAAUGUCACGAUUGAACUUUGGAAUGUGGCUUUGCAGGCUUAUCAUGGGAAAGGAUGGCAUGUCUUACAGCUUUGGUAGUCCUAACGUACCGCUCCCUAAUGGGAGGAUCUGGCUGCCUUCAGCGAAGGCAUAUUCAAGGAAAAAAUUGUCACAAAUUAUGAUCGACGCCAUUGAAAGCUUCUUGUAAAUUGCCGCUGAUACAGAUGCUCGGUGAAUAUAUGUCUCAUCGGUUCC